AUGAAGGCCGAUAUCAUCCUUCUCAGCAGCAUCGUGGCUGGCGCUUUGGGCGCUCCGCUCACGGGCGACCAUGUCGUGCACGAGAAGCGCGACUCUUUCGCUGCCACCAAGUAUACCAAGCGUGCCGUUGAUGCCAACCAAAAGAUCCCCGUUCGCAUUGCCCUCAAGCAAAAGAACCUUGACAAGGGUGACCAACUCCUCAUGGACGUCUCUGACCCCAACUCUGCCAACUACGGCAACCACUACAGCCAGGAGCAGCUCGUCGAGCUCUUCGCCCCCGAAGAGGACUCGGUCAAGGCCGUCAAAGACUGGCUGAUCGCCUCUGGCAUCCCAGACGGCUCCAUCCAGGUCCCCCGAAGCAAGAGCUGGGUCCAUUUUGAGACGACCGCCAGCCAGCUCGAGUCGGUCCUCAAGACCAAGUAUCAUGUCUACACCCAUGCCACCAGAGACUCGGAGAGCAUUGGCGCCGACGAGUACAGUCUGCCUGCUGAGAUUGCCGAGCACAUUGACUUUGUGCACCCCGGCGUUGCCCACAUCAGCAGUACCACCAAGAACCAGAACAAGCGUUCCGUCAUCCCCGGCAAGCAGCCGCUGAAGCAAAAGGCCACUGAUCCCGCGCUGGUGGCUGCUCUCAAGGCCAACCCAGGUGCCACGGACAAGUGUGACCAAGUCAUCACCCCCGCUUGUGUUCUUGAGCUUUACAAGAUCCCCAACGGCACUCUCCACGACUCCAGCAACAACCUGGGCAUCUUUGAGUUUUACGGCGAUUCGUCCGGCUACGCCGAGGAAGACCUCGACCAGUUCUGGAGCACGUACUAUCCACGUGUCCCCAAGGGUACUUACCCCACGAACGACCUGAUCCAUGGCGGCAAGGCCCCGUGGCCUCAGGACCAGGCUGAUGCCGAGUCUGACCUUGACUUUCAGACCUCGUGGCCCAUCAUCUACCCUCAGGGUGCCACCCUCUUCCAGGUUGGUGGAACGCAGGGCCUCUUCAACCAGUUCCUAGACGCCGUUGAUGGCGCGUACCACAACUACAGUGCUUACGGCGAGACCGGCGACGAUCCCAAGAUCGACGGACAGCACGACUCGGAUGACGACGGCAAGUUCAAGCCUACCAAUGUCAUCUCUUUCUCCUACGGCUGGGGAGAGGUUCUCGGGGAGUUUCCUCUCAACUAUCAAAAGCGUCAAUGCGACGAGUUCAUGAAGCUCGGUCUUCAGGGUGUCUCUCUCUUCAUCUCCAGCGGCGACGACGGCGUUGCCUACCGCGGCGGUGCCUGUCUGGGCAAGAAGCAGAACAUUUUUGUCCCCGACUACCCCGGCGGCUGCCCCUACCUUACCGUGGUCGGCGCCACCACCAUCCCCAAGGGCCGCUCCGUCACCGACGAGCAGCCCGAGGUUGUCUCCACCUCGUUCUCUCCGGGCGGCGGCUUCAGCAACAUCUACAAAUCGCCCGACUACCAAAAGUCUGCCGUCUCGGACUACUUCAGCAAGUACGACCCCGGGUACAAGUCCUACACCACCAGCGAUGGCAAGAUUCCCGAGACCGGCGGCAUCUACAACCGCGCCGGCCGCGGCUACCCCGAUCUCGCCGCCAUUGGCGACAACACUGCUUUCAUCAUCCAGGGCGGCCACCAGACCUCGGGUGGCACAUCCGAGUCUGCGCCCCUCGUCGCUGCCAUCUUCACGCGCAUCAACGAGGAGCGCAUCGCCGCUGGUAAGAAGCCCCUCGGCUUCGUCAACCCGGCCAUCUAUCAGCACCCUGAGAUCUUCAACGACAUCACCGAGGGUAACCAGAGCCUGGGCGGCCCCAACGGCGACAACCAGCCUAGUGCCUGUGGCAACAAUGGCUUCUCCGCUGUCGCCGGCUGGGAUCCUGUUACCGGUCUCGGCACCCCCAACUAUGAGAAGGCUGUCAAGGUCCUUGGUGCUCUGUAA